AUGGAAAACAAAGAACUUUGUCUGGUUUGUCAAGAUUUCUCCAGUGGAUACCAUUAUGGAAUACCUUCUUGUAACGGAUGUAAAACAUUCUUCCGUCGAACGGUGAUGAAAAAACAGAAAUUCGUGUGCCAAUUCGAUCAAAAUUGUCCAGUCGACAAGAGUAUUCGAUGUGCAUGUCGGUUUUGUAGAUUCGAAAAAUGUCUGAAAGUUGGAAUGGACAAGGCCGCUCUUCAAGCAUCCAGAGAUCCAAUUGGUUACACAAAACGAACAAAGAAGCCAGAAUUCCAGCCAGCUAAUAGUAUAAAUAGUGAUGAAUCCAACAAUGGGUCCCCAGAAAGACAAAUUUCACCAGUUCGAACUUUCGAGAAUACGCUGAGUUUACUUGCAGUCAAGGAGAAAUCAGCUAACGAGCUUCGCCUCUCUGCCUAUCUCCCAAAGCGGAGUCUGAAACAAGCUCUUUGCUCCAAAUCUCUCCUGAAUGAUCCCAUUUUCAUGAAUCAACAUGCAACUUUGAGCUCUCGUCACUUUUACAAGGAAUUGCGGUUUAUAACUCAAGACGAUUACCACUACUGGCACGAAAGAGAUUGGUUUGUAUUAACCGAAUACGCAAAGACAUUCAAAACUUUCCAGAACAUGUCGUACCAUGAUAAAGCAGAGUUGGUUCGACACGCUGCUAUCGUGAUACCAGUCCUCAAUCAAGUUUACAAUUCCCCAGAUCAUGGCCUCGAUACAGUAGUCUUCCCAGAUGGUACAUAUUACGAUCGAACUCAUGAGCCAACAAGGCCUGCCGGUCUGAAUCGAAAGAAAUAUCAAGUGUUGGAUUUGGUGCUGAAACCGUUUCGAGAGAUGGAGAUCAAUUUCAACGAGUUUGCCGCAUUUAAAGCUAUCACUUUUCUGAAUCCAGAUGCGGAUGUGUCACUAGAAGCAAAACAUGAAAUUAAUUUGGAACGAGUAAGAAUCACCAAGCAACUUUUUGGAUAUAUGCUUCAGAAGGAUGGGCUCGAAAAAGCAAUCUAUAGAUUUGGAAGAUUGAUUCUAAUGGGAACAACAAUGUCUAAAAUGGCAUGUGAGUCGAAAGAAGCUGUUUGGAUAGCUGACUUCUUUGAGAAUAUUGGAUUCACCUCUUUUGCGAAGGAACUGUUCUUUGGUGAUAAUUGA